AUGGGUCGACAUAGUAUUGGCUCGAUAGCAGCCACGGAACCCAAAAACAGUCUGGCUGCGUUGGCCACGUUGAGGCUAGAUGCCUUCCUCGGAGAAUGGCUUUCGCCCGACUAUUUCGAAAACAUAACACCUCCACCAGGCUCUAGAUUGAUGGUCGCAAGCGCAAAAGCUGACUUGCUUCGUCGUGGCGAACCUAUCGAGAUGGUGCAGCAUCAGAAUGCUGCUUCCAAAACAUCAAACUUCCCAGGGGGUGGCAUGGUGAUGAUGGCGUGCCUGACGCCAUCUUACGCUGUCUCUACUGUUCAACCGAUACCUCAAGGCUAUGUUGCACAUGCACGGGACGCCUGUAUGAGAGUAGAUUAUCAAUGGGACAGCAUGAGGCCCCCAUUAGAAUGGGGUUACGGAGGUGAGUACGGCGAGGAAUGGAGUGCGAUGCACAAGCGCUUCAGGAAGGGUCUGCAUGAUAUGAUCUCAUGGUAUAGAAAUAACGACCUGUCUCAACAGCCAGAACAAAAUGAAAGCUUGGAGGAGCUACGACACGUGAGGACGAAUGUCUCGGAGUCUGACGAAAAUGACGAGGAUUACACGGUCUUGAUCCUCGUCACCCAUGGGGCAGGUUGUAAUGCUUUGAUUGGCGCAUUGACUGAUCAGCCAGUGCUGAUAGACGUGGGCCUCGGGUCGUUGACACUGGCUGUACGAAAGCAUGGCGAGCAUGACAGUGCUUCAAAUUUUGGCUAUCGCCCCUCGCCCUUCCCACGAAACAGAAGGUCAUCGCUCAAGUUAGGUCUAUCGGAAGAGUAUGACAUCAAGCUCACAGCGUCAACUGACCACACCAGACCGGGAAGUCGAUUCCUUGACAACACUUCUCCCAGAGCCAGAAGUCCUACCGCCCCAGUAAGGGAGAAGAGUCCUUACCGCUAUGAAAGGCACGUCGGUUCCCCAACGCGUCAGCAUGCAAAUCGCAGUCCUAUCAACGACAUGCAAGACAAGAAACCGAUUCGACAAAGCGUAGGUUCUUUCGAAGAGGACGGGUCAUCCGGCCGUGUCAGAAGAGCAAACACUACUGCCGGCUCGAGUCAAGGUCUUUGGAGUAGGCCAGGCCCUCAAGGAUUACCUACCAAUUCUUCAUCUGACCCCGAGACAAUCACACCACCGAAAGACACAGGUGGGUUGAGAGGCGAUGCUGGGAGGCCAAAGGUCGGAGACAUUACUUCAACAAAGAGUGCCGAGCACCCAAGGCACAAUGAUCGAGGUAAUGUCAAACCAUUGCCGCAGCAUGGGCUUUGGACAUCAGAAGUGAAGAGGAAUGGUAAUGUGUCGGAGCCGGCAAGGCCAAAGAGAAGGUGGACUGCAAGUCAUGCAUAA